AGCCGGUAGUCAUGGCGGCUCUCUUUGGCGCAUCGUAUUAGCCGUGAAAAUUGUAACGUUUUUUGUGUUUUCUAUUUAUUAUUUUGUUCUCUUUCGACUUGCGAAGAGACGCUUAUAGAGUGAUGAAGCGUGGCCGGACGGAGCAGAUCCAGCAUGCUGUGGUGCAGUACCUGAAGAGACGACAAUAUGUUGAUGUGGAUGGUUCGCUGAAAGGCGCCAAGCUGUCUCAAUCUGCCGAGGAGAUGGCCACCAACCUCAUGGUUCAGACGGAGUCGAGCUGCGCGAAUGUGGUUUCUGCAGCUCCGUGCCAGUCAGACCCUCAGCAGUAUGAAACUCAGUUCUCCAGGUUAUGCAGCUUUCUGCUGGAGGCAGAGGCGCCGCUGGGGCGGGAGGUGAGUUCGGUUCUCUUCCCUCUCUUCCUCUACCUGCACCUGGACAUGGCGCGCUGUGGCCUGAAGGGCGCCGUCGACUCCUUCUUCAGCCGCUUCCACUCCUCCUUCCAGCAGGACGCUGAGCAGAGAGCCAUCGUGGAGCAUCUCCGAGGAGUCGUCACGCCGCAGGACGUGGCCUCCAACUCCAAACUGUGCUCUUUGUUGGAGCAUAAGUAUGUGGUGCACCUGACGGAUGAGGCCUACACUUACCUGCUGCGCUACCUUCAGAGUGAUGACAACAGCGCCCUCUGCAGGGUGUUCAGUACACACCUUCAGGUGGAGGUUUCUGCCGCGCGUCGCUCUGACUACCAGCUCUACAGGGCGGGGCUCACUACAGGAAACACCACCUCUACGUCCUGUUCCAGCGGCUGGCUGGGCAUGGACGGGACAGAAGGGGCGGAGUCGGUAGACGUCACAGCAGGGUUGCCGCCUCAAAACGAGGCUGCCAUGGAGGCGCUUCAGGACUGCAUCAAGCGUGUACGCGAGGGUCCUCCGUCCCUCACGACCGUCUGCUUCUACGCCUUCGAAAACACGGAGCAGUUGUUGAACGCCGCCGAGGUGUCACCGGACAGCCGCCUGCUCGCUGCUGCUUUUGAUAACUCCGCCCUCAAGCUGUGGAGCCUCCGAGCCAGGAAGCUGAAGGCAGGGCCUUGUAGGGCCAACGUGUCCAAGAUACGCCUCGCCUGCGACCUCGUGGAGGAGGAGACAGAGGAGGAAGAGAUGGGCAGUGAGAUGAAAACCCUGCGCGGUCACAGCGGCCCGGUGUACGGUGCGGCGUUCCUGCGUGACUCCUCAGGUCUGCUCUCGUGCUCCGAGGACUGCACAGUGCGCUACUGGGAGCUGCGUGGUUUCAGCAAUGCUGCCGUGUACCAAGGCCACGCCUACCCAGUAUGGGACAUAGCAGUGAGUCCGUGCGGUCUGUAUUUCUGCACGGCGUCACGCGAUACCACGGCACGUCUCUGGACUCCGGCUCGCGCUCACCCGCUGAGACUUUACGCCGGGCACCUGGCCGACGUCGACUGCGUGCGUUUCCACCCAAACUCAAGCUACGUUGCUACGGGAUCGACCGACAGGACCGUCCGGCUGUGGAGCACGCAGCACGGCGGCUCAGUGCGCCUCCUGACAGGACACCGAGGUCCCGUACUGGCGCUCGCCUUCUCGCCUGACGGCAGGUAUCUGGUGUCCGCAGGCGAGGACCAGCGGUUGCGGUUGUGGGACUUGGCAGCAGGUGGCAUACUGAAAGAGCUGCGUGGACACACGGGCGCCAUCACCAGCCUGGCGUUCAGCCCGGACAGCUCGCUCAUCGCCUCGGCCGCUCAGGAUAACUCGGUGCGUGUCUGGGACGUACGGAACGCCCACGGUGGAGGCGCGGUACCUCCGGACGGCUCCAGCCCCGAGCUGGUUGGAGUUUACACAGGAGAGACGAGCAGCGUCCUUAACGUCCAGUUCACCGCCUGUAACCUGCUGCUGGUCACCGGGACGGCGCAGGAGAAACACGAGCAGUGAGUGUGAGAUGGAGUGGAUCUGAUUCUAGUUCAACGCUCGGAUGCACUAAAUACACCCACUACGUCUACGUCUGAUCCAGGAUCAGUAUUUUUCCUUCGAAUAAACUUGUUAGUUGAUCUCAAUCAUGCAGCUAUUUGUAAAUCGUCAUACGAAGCUCUGAAUUUCAUGUUAUGGUAUGUUUCAGUGUCUGUUAAAUUUUUUUUAAUAUCUAAUUUUUUGUAUCUAUGUACAGGGAUUAGUGGUUUUGCAUUUGAAGCAUUUAAGGAAAUGUCUUUUUUUUUUUUUAAAUAAAUAUAUUGUUUAGCACCUGCUUUGUUAUAGAUGGCACUUAACAUCUGAGAAUGAAUAAAACCUCGAGAUGUUCUGGUAAAGAUAAAGCAUUCUUGUAUGUCUAGAGUCACAUUCCUACUACAUCACGAACCACUACAUGUUCAGUCUAUCACAUGCCCCUUUUCCACCAAAGCAGUUCCAGGGCUGGUUCGGGGCCAGUGCUUAGUUUGGAACCGGGUUUUCUGUUUCCACUGACAAAGAACUGGCUCUGGGGCCAGAAAAACCGGUUCCAGGCUAGCACCAACUCUCUGCUGGGCCAGAGGAAAGAACCGCUUACGUCAGCGGGGGGGGUGGAGUUGUUAAGAACAAUAACAAGACCGCGAAAGAUCGCCAUUUUUAAGCGACGAGAAGCAGCAGCUGUACAGAUGCGAAGUCAUCCAUUCUUCUUCUUAUUAUUGUUGUUGCCGCUGCUGCUUCUUCCGUGUUGUUUUUGCUUUGAUAUUCGCGCCAAGGUUUAUGCAAACGUAGCGACGUAACUGACGUAUACAGCGACGUAAUGACGUGGCUCCGCUUAGCACCGCGAGCUAUGGAAAAGCAAACUGGUUCUCAGCUGGCUCGCAAGUUGAACGAGUUGUGAACCAGCACCGGCUCCAAACCAGCCCUGGAACCGAUUUGGUGGAAAAGGGGUCAUAGUGAACAAGGUCGAGUUGAAAUGACAAUUUGUAAUCUUUAGCGCCCUCUGCUGCAUGUAAUAUGAAUAGCUAUGCCAAUACAAGCAUUAAAGGGGAACUGAAGUCAUUUUUAAACUUGCUUUAUUUCUUAAUUAACGUGUUUUUCGGUUUUAGUAACCUUAUAUCGUGACUCGUCUCGUAUCGUCCGUUUGGUCCACGGCAGGCGUCGCUUAUCCACGCGAUCUUCAUGAGACUUGUGCGAGACUUCGAAACGUCAAGCGUCAGCCAGGUGUCAGUGCCGAAAUGAAAUAUUGCACAAAAACGAGUUUAAAUGACGAUUACUGCUGCUGACUUUUUUUCAAACUUUCCUGAUUGCUAUCAAAACAAACAAAACUUCCGGCUCGAUUACAUCAGCGUUCGAAAGAGGGCACGUGCGGCUUUUGACAAUGUUGGCGACUUUGAUUUCCGCUGUACGUUUUACUUCCGUCCUACGAUGUCUUGUACAGGUCUCAGCGAAUCUUGUUUACGGCCGCCGCUUUGACAUAUGGACUGAUAUAUUACAGAGCAUAUUUCAAACACUCAUAACUCGCUAUAGCAGCGACAAAAUAGCGAUCAAAAAUGCAUUCCGAUAUUUAAUAAAAUAAGAGAAAUAGAAUUCUGAUGAUAAAAAAAUUUGCCUUCAGUUCUGCUUUAACAAGUCUUCAGCUUCCUCUCAUCCCACUCUUGGUUGAAUGUAUGGCUUUGUGUGUCCACAUGGGGCGCCCUUCCUGUGGAGGGCGGCCCCGUGUGGACAGUUGGGGGUCGCACCUGGAGGAUGCUCUGGACUCUUGCAGUGGUGCUUUUGUGGCUGGGGACUGCAGUUGACUUGCUGACUUUGGGACUGCGGUUGUCGUGAACGGUUUUGCGCUCGGGUUUCCGUCGGUGGGGGGUUUAUAGCAUCAACGAAGCUGACUUUUAUGUUAAAACUGUUAAUGUUAUAGUCAUGCUGUCUGUUGUUGCCCAAAUGAGGAUGGGUUCCCUUUUGAGUCUGGUUCCUCUCGAGGUUUCUUCCUCAUGUCGUCUGAGGGAGUUUUUCCUUGCCACCGUCGCCACAGGCUUGCUCAUUGGGGAUAGAUUAGGGAUAAAAUUAGCUCAUGUUUUAAGUCGUUCAAAUUCUGUAAAGCUGCUUUGCAGCAAUGUUUAUUGUUAAAAGCGCUAUACAAAUAAACUUGACUUGUUACCUUUUGACGCAAAUCGACUGAACGGUUCUGUUUUAGCUGGGGCGGGGCUAAUUUCAGGGUCGGAAGAAUGUCACUUGACGCAUGGUAUAAAUGACAUUAUUCUGUUUACAUUCACUGGAUAUGAGAAAUCACAUGCUCUGAUUGACUACUCUGCUACUAGGCUAUCAGCUCAUAUACCGUGAGUAGAGAAAAAUAAAAUGGCGGCGCAUGUUGCUGAACCAACCGAGGACGAAAUCAAAACCACUCGAAAACAAAAAUACAAAAAAGCAACAAAAUGUGGAAUAAAAGUAUUUGAUGGUAAGAACGUAUCUUUUAAAAAAUAUAUAUUCAAGAAUUAUCGCAUUUUUCACAAAUUGCUGCUGUUAUUUUGCCGGUUUGUUUACAUUCUAAACGGAAAUGGUUUUGUCAGCUAUUUUGUACAAAGUUUUUAUUUAUCGAAUUUGCAAAAAUAAAACUAAAAACGCUCCGUUUCUCAGAAUCCAGUGAAUGUGGAUAGAAUAAAACAGUUAUUCCACUCAAUCCUGUCGUACAUGGAUUAUAGCCGACUCGGUGCUACGCGCCUCGUCGGCUAUCAGCUCAUGUACGACUCGAUUUCGUGGAAUAACUUAAAUACGUUGUUAAAAUACGUUACCGGUUAAAUGUACAUGACACGUACGUGUAUUUGUUUAAAAAAAAAAAAGUUCAGAUACCAACAUCUGAAACCAUGUGACAUCAUGUUAGCAUAUGGUAUUGUGCUAACGAAUUGGCGACACGAAGCCUUGCCGCUGUGAUUUCGACGUGAAAAAUGUUUCCAUUUCAAUUUUGCUAAAUAUCGCUUUUUGUUUUAAAAGCUUUUUCGAAAUUCAUGUUUCCCUUAUUCAUUUUUUUCACUUUGCAAUUUCAAAUCAUGCAUUAAACAGGUUAAUGGAAACCUACCUAGAGAUCCAAACAUAAUUCAUGACUAAUGAUGUCAAUCAAAGCAAACCAGAGCGAACUGGAAUCUGCUCUAUGAAAAGAUCAAGAAGAGGAAAUGCAUCUUUGUUAAAACAUUUAUGUACGGAAGCCGCGAGAGGCCCUUCAUAUAAUCUUUUUUUAUUCGAGAGGCCCUUCAUAUAAUCUUUUUUUAUUCACCUUGUUAU